UCAAUUGUCAGAAAAUCAGCUGAUUGUCAAGCAAUUUCAUUAUAUCGACAGCUCAAGCAUCAUUUUUCUAAAAUAUUAUUGCUUAACUGCAGAGUCGUGUUUUUUUUACAUUGAAAAUGCAAAAGAUUUUUAUUGGCUUAAUCUUUUAGUAUUAUAUGAAUAAUGGCAUCCACAAGCCAGUCAAGGAACAAUAUUUAUUACGAAGACCCGCCACCGGGCGCGCUCAAAGACGAUGAGUUUUUUUGCACAGAGAGGAUAGUGCCCCGCAAAAUAAAACCCCAGAACCUUGUCAUAAGGCUUAUGGACAGAGAAAUUUACGGAUCUCGUAAACCUGGAUCUCAUUUUCAUGUUGUUCGAGAGUUUUAUCAAAAUGUGUUUCCUAAUUUAACAAUUGUUAACGUAGAAAAGCCUCCUUGCUUCCUGAGGAAGUUUAGCCCGGACGGCAAGCAUUUUAUUGCAUUUUCUGCUGAUCAAACUUCAUUAGAGAUUUACGAAUACAGAGGCGCAUCAGCUGCAGGAGACUUAGUUGCUGGUUACCCCUCAGACUUAUUAAAUGCUGAUGCUGAUGCUCAUCAUAGAAUACGCACACAUAUAUUUUACAGAUUUUUUAAGCCAAAAUUCACUGUGAAUGUAUGCCAGCAACGGGAGGUUCCUAGACCUGAUCGCAAUGCUGGGCUAAUAUUACCCUUUAUAGACCAGCAGCUAAACAGAGAGUGCAGCUUAUUCACUGAGGAUGGCAGAUAUGUUAUAGUUGGCUCCGCAGCACAUAUCCCUGAUGAUCUUAGACCUCAUUUUUAUCACAUUCAUACCAAUAAUGAAGCUGUUACACCAACUAUUAGAUCUGCACUUGAAGAUUAUUCUCUUCAUUUGGUUGAUUUACACCAGGGCAAGCUAUGUGACACAAAAAAUUUUAGAAUAGAUAAGAUUUAUCUCUCCCAUAAUCAAGGCAUUUACUUAUACAAAGAAGUCCUGGCUGUACUUUCUGUGCAACACCAAACAAUACAUUUGUUUCAAAUAGUGGAGGGCAUGCUCAUAGAAAUUAGAAAGAUCGGAAGAUUCUGUUUCGACGACGAUCCAUUUGUCAUAAAUUCUGUCUUCCCACCAAUAAUGAUCGAAAGACCUUUCCAUGAAGAAACAAUAAAUUGUCUUAAGCAUAGGUUACUUGUCUUCCUCUUUAAAAGAGCAAAAACAAUUAGUGACGAAACAGGAGACCCCUUAGAACUGAGGAAGUUUUACAAAUACUUUGACAUGUUCAGAAGUUUGCGAAUGUGGAAGAUGCAACUGUUGGAUGAAGAUCACCUUUUUAUAAAGUAUGCAAGUGAAGAAGUCGUGACAUUGCGUGUUGCCGAACCUAACAGUCAAUCCUCAUUUUUCGUAAUUUAUAACAUAAGUGAAAGCAAGAUUUUGGAAGUAUACGAAAAUACCUCAGAAGGGUUGUUGCAGCUAUUCGAGAACUAUUGCGAUUGCUUCAGGAAUGCGAGGCUAUGUGCUGAUUCACAAUUUACGUGUUCACCAUCCAAUAACUUGUAUGCGAGAUUAACUCAGCAGAGGUUUAAGCAAACAAUCGUAAGAGCGAUUUACGGAGGACGAACGGAAGCCACGAAACGCAUUUUAGCGCAGUUACCGAUAAGCGCACAGUCUUACAGUGGCUCGCCGUACUUAGAUCUAGGACUAUUCAGUUACGACGACAAGUGGGUCUCUGUGAUGGAGAGGCCUAAAGCUUACGGAGAAUAUCCUAUCAGAUUUUAUGCACGUGACUCCGGGCUCCUAAAAUUCAAGAUCUACGCCGGUGUUCUAGGGCAGUCAGUACCAGCGAGUGCACGGAGACUCGUCGCCUUCACUUUCCAUCCGACUGACCCCUUUGCCAUCAGUGUGCAAAGGACCAAUUCUGAAUAUAUCGUCAAUUUUCAUAUAAGAAAUGCUGUAUUCAGUUGAUGAAUCAAAUUCAGAUGAUACUUUUAUUUUAAGUGUUAAUUAUAAUUUGUAAAAAAUAGGUACUACUGUGUGGUAUCGGACUUAAACUGUUUUCCAUAGUUUAUUUUAUAUUUUAAAUAUCAGACGGCUGAAAAGCGUAGAUGUUACUUUGCGUCAAGGUUUGCUAUUUUCAUACUUCUUAGCUACUGACAUUAAAUGAACUACAUAAUA